AUGUGUAAAGCAACUCUCUUCAACCACAAUCAUGAAGCUUGUGACAUAUGUUCGAUGGAUCCUCGUGAAUGUAUACAAGUCCAGAAUGAUGUGCAGGGUCUCCUAAAUAGAAGGGAACUUGUGGUUACAAGGGAACCCGAGAGCAAGGACGUCUGUGUUGUCACUCCGGUAUUCAGAGCCAGGAGGCCGCUAGUGAUAAACCCUAACAGUACAAAGCCCGUUGGUACUCCCUUGGUAAUCUGUGUGCCUAGGCCCACGCCUACUACUGCUCAGAAAGCUGUACCCUACAAGUAUGAAGGCACGAUUCUAGAGCCCGGAAGUGAGACAACUUCACCUGUUGCUGUGGAUAAUAUCGCAGAGAAUAGCCGGAUUUUGAGGAGUGGCCGCAUCCUUCCUACGGUGGGUCCGAAGAGUGUUAGUGUUCCGAUCGAUGAGCCAGUAAAAGAGCGAAACGCCGGUAAAGGUAAAGCUGGGGAGCAGGCCAAAGAGUUUGACUUUGAGGAUGCCGAUGAAGUUUUGAAGCUGAUCAAGAAGAGUGAAUACAAGGUGGUGGACCAGCUGUUACAAACUCCUGCGAAGAUUUCCAUCAUGGCCCUGUUAUCAAGUUCUGGUGCUCAUCGGGAUGCCCUGAGGAAAGUACUAGACCAGGCAUUUGUGGAUUAUGAUGUAACUCUGGGUCAAUUCGAAAGCAUUGUGGGGAAUGUGACCGCGUGUAACAGUCUGACUUUCAGUGAUGAGGAUCUCCCAGCGGAGGGGAAUAAGCAUAAUCAAGCGUUACUCAUCUCUGUACUUUGCAGAACAGACUCGUUAUCCAACGUCCUGAUAGAUACCGGCUCUGCACUUAAUGUGAUGCCCAAGUCAACCCUCGACCAAUUGGCGUACUCCGAGGCUCCUUUGAGACUUAGCAAGGUGACGGUAAGGGCCUUCGAUGGAACUAGGAGAUCGGUGUAUGGUGAGGUAGAUUUGCCAAUUUCGGUCGGCCCACAUGAAUUUCAGGUUACUUUCCAAGUCAUGGAAAUCCAGGCUUCUUUCAGCUGUUUGCUCGGCAGACCAUGGAUUCAUGACGCUGGGGCUGUGACAUCUACUCUCCAUCAGAAAUUGAAGUUUGUAAGUCGUGGAAAGUUGAUCACUGUGAGUGGCGAAUCGGCCUUUUUAAUCAGCAAUUUGUCUGCUUUCUCUGUUAUCGGUGGUAGUGGUUCAGACGGGCCAUCAUUCCAAGGGUUCUCUGCCGAAGAAAGUGUCGGUAAAAUUGAGACUUGUAUGGCUUCGUUGAAGGAUGCCCGGAGAGUAAUUCAGGAAGGCAAAACCGAAGGCUGGGGUCAGCUAGUGGAGUUGCCAGAAAACAAGCGUAAGGAGGGAAUUGGUUUCCUUAACAGUAAGCCUGGGAUGUUCGACCCUACCAGAGGUUCUUUCCACAGUGCUGGUUUCAUUCAUGAUUCGCCAGAGACCAAUGCAAUUUUAGAUGAUGCACCUGGAGGAGUGACACCGGUAUUUGUGACGCCGGGAGGAGCUUGCUGCAACUGGAUUGCUGUUGACAUUCCUUCUGUGACACCCCGCUCUGAACUGAACAUAAGUGAAUCCGUUGAACACAGUGACCCCAUGCUUUCUCCCAACUUUGAGGUCCCGGUUUACGAGGCUGUGGCAGAGGAGGAUGAGGAGAUCCCGAAUGAGAUCAAAUGGAUGUUGGAACAAGAAAGGAAGACAAUUCAACCUCAUCAGGAGGAGAUAGAAAUCAUCAAUCUGGGUACUGAGGAAGACAAGAAAGAAAUCAAGAUUGGGGCAUCGUUGGAUGUAUCUGUCAAGAAAAGAGUAAUUGAGCUUAUCAGAGAAUAUGUUGAUAUAUUCGCAUGGUCAUACAAAGACAUGCCGGGUCUAGACCCUGAUGUCGUUGAACACAGACUGCCUUUGAAGCCUGAGUGUCCUCCGAUCAAAGAGGAAGUGCGAAAGCAAAUUGAUGCAGGUUUCCUAGUCACAUCAGAGUAUCCUCAAUGGUUGGCCAACAUAGUGCCUGUUCCAAAGAAAGAUGGCAAAGUCAGAAUGUGUGUUGAUUAUCGGGACUUGAACAAGGCUAGUCCGAAGGAUAAUUUUCCUUUGCCUCACAUUGAUGUAUUGGUUGAUAACACUGCUAAGUGCAAGGUUUUCUCCUUCGUGGACGGUUUCUCCGGCUACAAUCAGAUCAGGAUGGCUCCUGAGGAUAGAGAAAAGACGUCUUUCAUCACACCCUGGGGUGCUUUCUGCUAUGUGGUGAUGCCAUUUGGUUUGAUAAAUGCUGGUGCCACUUACCAAAGGGGCUUUAUCGUCAGUCAAAAGGGUAUUGAAGUUGAUCCCGACAAGGUCAGAGCCAUCAGAGAAAUGCCUGUUCCAAAGACAGAGAAGCAAGUCAGAGGUUUUCUUGGUAGACUCAAUUAUAUCUCCAGAUUUAUCUCUCACAUGACCGCCACAUGUGGACCAAUUUUCAAGUUACUCCGCAAGGAUCAAGGGGUGAAGUGGAAUGAUGAUUGUCAGAAGGCUUUUGAUCAAAUCAAAGAAUAUCUGUUAGAACCUCCAAUUCUUGUUCCUCCAGUUGACGGAAGACCUUUGAUCAUGUAUUUAACAGUACUGGAAGAUUCCAUGGGCUGUGUUUUGGGUCAACAAGAUGAAACCGGAAAGAAAGAGCACGCUAUCUACUAUUUGAGUAAGAAGUUCACUGAUUGUGAGUCCCGAUAUUCUAUGGAUCCUAUCAAGUACAUAUUUGAGAAGCCAGCUUUAACUGGAAGGAUUGCUCGCUGGCAGAUGUUAUUGUCCGAGUAUGAUAUCGAGUAUCGCACUCAGAAAGCAAUCAAAGGUAGCAUCUUGGCAGAACAUUUGGCUCAUCAACCAAUCGAAGACUAUCAACCAAUCAAAUUCGACUUCCUAGAUGAAGAGGUUAUGUAUCUAAAAGCAAAAGAUUGUGACGAACCAGUGUUCGGUGAAGGUCCUGAUCCGGAAUCCGAAUGGGGUUUGAUAUUUGAUGGAGCUGUUAAUGUCUAUGGAAGUGGAAUUGGUGCGGUACUCAUUACCCCUAAGGGUACUCACAUCCCUUUUACUGCGAGGUUACGUUUUGAUUGCACAAACAAUAUCGCAGAGUACGAAGCUUGCAUCAUGGGUAUCGAGGAAGCCAUCGAUUUGAGGAUCAAGAAAAUUGUCAUUUAUGGAGAUUCCGCUCUUGUGAUUAACCAGAUCAAAGGAGAAUGGGAAACUCGUCAUCCUGGAUUGAUUCCCUACAGAGAUUAUGCAAGGCGUUUGCUGACUUUCUUCAACAAAGUAGAGUUACAUCAUGUGCCCCGCGAUGAGAAUCAAAUGGCAGAUGCUUUAGCUACUCUAUCCUCAAUGAUCAAUGUGAAUGGUCACAAUACUGUGCCAGUAAUCAAUGUCCAAUUUCUCGACCGACCUACUUAUGUGUUUGUAGCUGAAGCAAUUGAUGAUGACAAGCCAUGGUAUCAUGAUAUCCAAGUUUUCCUUCAAACUCAAAAGUACCCACCUGGGGCAUCCAACAAGGACAAGAAAACAUUGAGAAAAUUGUCAAGCCGUUUCUUCCUUAACGAAGACGUUUUGUAUAAAAGGAACUUUGAUGGGGUCCUACUUAGAUGUGUGGAUAAGCAUGAAGCAGAAAAAUUGAUGCGAGAGAUUCAUGAAGGCUCUUUCGGAACUCACUCAUGUGGGCACGCCAUGGCGAAGAAGAUAUUGAGAGCUGGGUACUACUGGAUAACAAUGCACGCUGAUUGCUACAAUCAUGCCAAGAGAUGCCACAAAUGUCAAAUCUAUGCUGACAAGAUUCAUAUACCACCAUCUAUGCUCAAUGUCAUCUCUUCCCCGUGGCCCUUCUCUAUGUGGGGCAUUGACAUGAUUGGUCGGAUUGAACCAAAAGCUUCCAAUGGGCAUCGCUUCAUAUUAGUGGCUAUCGAUUAUUUCACCAAAAUCAUCACAGACAAUGGCACAAAUCUGAAUAACAACAUGAUGAAAGAGUUGUGCGAUGACUUCAAGAUUCAACAUCACAAUUCUUCUCCUUACAGACCUCAGAUGAAUGGGGCAGUUGAAGCUGCAAACAAGAACAUCAAGAAGAUCAUACAGAAGAUGGUAGUUACUUAUAAGGACUGA